AACCAUGUUUUCAUUGACUCUCAAGUCUUUCUAAUUCAUCAGUAACUAAAACAAACAGCUGAAAACUUUAGCCUUCAAGAUGGUUCCCAGAAUGUUUUCUUUCCUUCAGUUUUUCACUCUCUUCGCAGUUACUCUUGCUUCCACUGAGGAAACAACUGCUCUCCUCAAAUGGAAAUCAACUUUUCUAAAGCAGAACAAUAAUUCCUUAUUGACUUCUUGGACAAUAAGUACUGAUGCGUGCAGGGAUUGGUAUGGAGUUGUAUGUUUUAAUGGUAGGGUAAACAGGUUGAAUAUUACAAAUGCUAGUGUCAAUGGCGCACUCUAUGAUUUUCCAUUUUCAUCUCUUACUUUUCUUGAAUAUGUUGAUCUUAGCAUCAACCACCUCUAUGGUAGCAUCCCCUCUGCAAUAGGAAACCUCACUAAUCUUGUCUAUCUUGACUUAUCGGCUAAUCAGUUUUCAGGCACAAUCCCAACACAAAUCGGAUCACUAACAAAACUUGAGACCCUCUACAUCUUUGAAAACCAUUUAAAUGGUUCCAUUCCAGGAGAGUUGGGGAAUGUGAAAAAUCUUGCUGAACUUGUUUUAGAUUAUAAUCAACUUACUGGUCCUAUUCCUGCUUCAUUUGGCAAUUUGAGAAACUUGCGUACUUUGUAUCUCCAUGCCAACAAACUUCAUGGUUCCAUUCCUAAAGGGCUCUCAUAUUUGGAUAAGUUAAAAGCGUUGAAUUUGACUGAUUUGCGGGUUGCUAGUAAUAACAUUAGUGGUAGUAUACCACCAAAGAUUGGAAACGUCAAAGGGCUUCUUGGACUUGAUCUAUCAUCGAAUCAUUUGGUUGGGCAUAUUCCAAAGGAAUUCGGAAAGUUGACCUCUUUAGUUAAAUUAUUUGUGCAAAAUAACCAUAUUUCUGGCAAUAUACCUGAGGAACUUGGGUCACUGACACGGUUAGAGUCCCUUGAUCUGUCAAAUAAUAGAUUGAAUGGGUCAAUCCCAACAUUUGUAGGCGAUUACAUGAACAUGUUUCUCUUGAACCUGAGCAACAACAAGUUUGGCCAGAAAAUUCCAAAGGAGAUAGGGAGGAUAACUCAUCUUAGUGUACUUGAUUUGAGCCAUAAUCUUCUUGAUGGAGAAAUACCCGUUCAGCUAGCCAGUUUGCUGGACUUGUCAAACUUGAAUCUUUCCCACAACAGCCUUUCUGGCCGCAUUCCUGAAGAAUUUGAAAGUUUGACUGGUUUGCAGGAUGUUGUCUUGUCAUACAAUGAGUUGGAAGGCCCAAUCCCUAAUAAUAAAGCUUUUAUGAUUGCUUCGUUAGAAGGUAAUAAAGGUCUUUACGGCAAUGUAAUAGGAUUCCAGCCCUGCAAAAAGCCAUCUUCUGUGGUGAAAAAGCACUCAAUAGCAAAGGGACGUAAACUCAUUUUCAUCACUGUACUUCCUGUUAUGGGAGCACUAGUACUGCUCUGUGUUUUCAUUGGUGUUCUCUUUAUGUGUAAUAAAAGAAGGAGAGUUAAAGACGUUGAAAGAAGGGAUGGUGAUGGUUGGCUUUCGGUAUCCAUGUUAGAUGGAAAGGCAUUGUACAGGGAUAUCUUAAACGCCACAGAGGAGUUUGAUGCAAAAUUUUGCAUUGGGCAAGGAGGACAUGGAAGUGUUUACAAGGUAAACCUUCCAUUAUUAGGAGAUAUAGCUGUGAAGAGACUUCAUUCUUCAUAUCAGAAUACACAUCCCAAAAGCUUCAUAAAUGAAGUAAGGGCAUUGACUGAGAUUAAGCACCGAAACAUUGUGAACCUCUACGGCUAUUGUUCAAAAGCACAACACUCGCUCUUGGUUUACGAGUAUGUAGAGAGAGGGAGUUUGUCGAGUAUUCUGAGCAAUGAAGCUGAGUCCAAGAAAUUGGAUUGGCUUAAAAGGGUCAAUAUCAUCAAAGGUGUUGCUUUUGCUUUAUCUUACAUGCACCAGGAUUGCUCACCGCCAAUUGUUCAUCGAGACAUAUCAAGCAGUAAUGCUUUGGUUAAUUCUGAGUAUGAAGCUCGGGUUUCAGAUUUUGGCAUAACGAAGCUUCUCAAACCAAACUCAUCCAAUUGCACUGCACUUGCAGGAACAUAUGGCUAUGUUGCACCUGAGCUUGCCUAUACAAUGAAGGUUACGGAAAUGUGUGAUGUCUACAGCUUUGGAGUAUUAGCAUUAGAGAUAAUCAAAGGAAAGCAUCUAGGGGAAUAUAUUACUGUGCUAGCAAAUUCAUCGACUAUAGAUCAUGUGCAGCUUAGUGAUUUGCUAGAUGAACGCCUUCCAUAUCCUGAAGAUGAAGUAAAGGAUGUUUUGGCUUUAAUCAUCAAGCUAGCAAGCUCUUGUUUGGUUGAAAUUCCAAAAUCAAGGCCAACAAUGCACUUCAUUUGUCAUAGGUUAUCAUCAAUGGAUGCAGUCCACCUACUCAUGUAAAAGGGUCACCCAGCCAGAAUCUGUAUGGUACUCUUUCUCCUAGCAUUGGUAAUUUGACAAAUCUUCACAUUAUAUGUUACAUCAAGGAACAGACUUUUGACACCUUCUUCUU